ACCCUUUGAUCUUCUUCUUCUUCUUCUUUGUCUUCACAACCAUGGCUUCAUCCUACACCAUCCUCCUCUUCUUCUUCACUCUCUUCACUCUUUCAUAUGCAUCAGACAUGUCCAUAAUCUCGUACGACAAAACCCACUCCAACACAUGGAGAACCGAUGAGGAAGUCAUGGCUAUGUACGAGGAAUGGCUUGUGAAGCAUGGAAAGAAAUCAAGUAACGGUCUCUUAAGUGGCGAGAGCAAGAAUCGGUUCGAGAUCUUUAAGGAUAACCUCCGGUUCAUUGAUGAACAGAACAGUUUACCGAACCGGACUUUCCAGCUCGGUCUGAACCGGUUCGCCGAUCUGACCAACGAGGAGUACAGGGCUAAGUACUUGGGUACCAGGAUGGAUCCUAAGCGUAGGAUGAUGAAGGCUAAGACCAGGAGCAACCGAUACGCGCCACGUGUCGGGGACAAGUUGCCGGAGAGUGUUGAUUGGAGGAAGGAAGGUGCUGUUGUUGCAGUCAAAGACCAAGGAGGAUGUGGGAGUUGUUGGGCAUUCUCAACAAUUGCUGCAGUGGAAGGAAUAAACAAGAUCGUAACAGGGGAUCUGAUUUCAUUAUCAGAGCAAGAGCUUGUGGACUGUGAUACAUCAUACAACGAAGGGUGUAGUGGUGGACUCAUGGACUAUGCCUUUGAGUUCAUCAUCAACAAUGGUGGCAUUGACUCUGAAGCCGAUUACCCUUACACUGGCUUUGAUGGCACAUGUGACCAAAACAGGAAAAAUGCUAAGGUUGUGAACAUUGAUGACUAUGAAGAUGUUCCUGCCUAUGAUGAAUUGGCAUUGAAAAAGGCCGUUGCGAAUCAGCCAGUGGCAGUUGCCAUUGAAGGAGGUGGCAGGGAAUUCCAGUUAUAUGUAUCUGGUGUAUUCACAGGAAGAUGUGGAACAGCAUUGGACCAUGGAGUUGCUGCUGUAGGGUAUGGGACAGAAGGUGGGCAUGAGUAUUGGAUUGUGAGGAACUCAUGGGGAGCUAGCUGGGGAGAGGACGGUUACAUCCGAAUGGAGCGGAAUCUUGGUAACAGCAGAGCAGGCAAGUGUGGAAUCGCCAUCGAGCCUUCUUACCCUAUUAAGAAUGGCCCCAAUCCUCCUAACCCCGGACCAUCUCCGCCGUCGCCUGUGAAGCCGCCGUCCGUGUGUGAUAACUACUUCAGCUGCCAAUCUGGAAACACAUGCUGCUGCCUUUUCCAGUUUGGAAAUGCGUGCUUUGAUUGGGGAUGCUGCCCUCUUGAAGGUGCUACCUGCUGUGAUGAUCACUACAGCUGCUGCCCUGCCGACUACCCCGUUUGUGACACUUUCAGAGGUCUUUGCCUCAAGAACAAGAACAACCCAUUCGGAGUGAAGGCGUUGAAGAGAACUGCAGCUAAACCUCACUGGGCCUUCAAUGGUGUGAGCAGUGCUUAAAGCAGUUAAAGUUGAAGAAUGUGUUUACGUGCUGAAGAAGCUAGUGAUGAAAACAAACAACAAUGGAGGAAGAAGGAAAAGGACUAUAACACCAACUAUAUAUGAUACUAAUCUUCCUUUUAGUUUCAUCAAACUGCACGUAACACAUGGGUCUUCAUCUUCACCAUAGUGAUGCAAAGAUGAUAGAAUUAUGCUUCUUUAUCAAAUUUCAGUCACAGGCAUUGACUGUGUACAUAGGCAUUUAAAUAUCUAUGUUGGGUGUAGUAGUAACUACUAUUUGGAUUCAUAUUUCAGAAACAAGGGAACGUUAUUUGGUUAUGUUGUGAUGUAGUAUUUGUAUUCUCAAAGUUUCAAUCAAACAAAGGACUACUUGAUUAUUGGACUUU